CUGGGGCCGCGUUCUGACCAGGGAGGCCUCCCCCAGCCCUUAGGGCAAGAAGGCCCUGGGGACGCAUGCAAAGCAGCCCCUGCUGGAGCCCAGCAGCCCUGCGGGGAGCCCGUGAUGGAUGCGGCGCCCGCCAAGACCCCGUUGGAUUCCCCCGCUCCUACCCAACACCCUCCACGUCUGGCCUCCAUCCUACCUGCAGAACCUCAAGAAGACCAGUCUAACUUAAAAAGAACCCCACGGGACACAGUCACGAAGAGCUCACCUCCAGAUGUCCAGAAGCUGCUGGAGAUCCUCAUCACCAAAAGCGCAGAACUGAAGAUUUGGAAGGAGAAAGAAAAAGAUGGGUCAGUUGUGAAAGAGUUGUGCUCAGACAGCCCUCUGAACUUUUGGGGGACUCUGUGGAAGUCGCUAGGUGCUGAGCAGGACACCACUACCCCACAGUCCUUCUGGAAUGGAAAAGACACACUUGAGAAGCUACCCGGUCCUCAGCUGCUGUCAUUCCCUGAGGUCUUGGAGGACAGCUUGCAGCAGAAAUGCAGCCAGCUCUUCUGGGGCCUCCCCUCUCUGCACAGUGAGUCCCUGGUGGCCACUGCCUUGGUCUCUAGUUCUCAGCUACAGGUUCCCUCUGUUUUGUUCAACAGUAUCGCUAAUUGCUUGCCAAUUCUAAUUCGGCAUCAAGUAUCUUCACGGUUUCCUUCUGCCCCACCCUGCCGUGGGAUCCAACCCCAACCCUCCCCGCCCACCGUGUCCCAGCCCGAGGCCCACCUUGUACUGUCUGUCCCGACCAGGCCAGCUUCUCUGCCACCCCAGACGAGGACCUGUGGGGGGUCUGGCCCUCCGUCCCAGAAGAAGACACCACCUUCCGUCCCAACUGGAAUUCGACAUCUGGAACAGCCCUUGCUACAGAAGCAACCAGAAAGGGAAAGGACUUUACCCUCCGUGCUGAGAUUUCCCAAAUUCUUUAGCCACGUCCCUGCCAGGCUUCCCCCCGACAACCAGGCCUCUGAGUCCGUUUCCUUCGUUCACGAGGACUUUGUCAUCUUUAAUAUCCAGAAGCAAAACCUUCAAAGGAGGCUCAGCAAGGAUAAACACCAAGGCAGUCUGUCCCACCGGAUCCAAGCGUCUCUGGACCUGAACUCGCCUCAGGGUGAAUGCCCAAGGAUUAGUCAGGCCCAGGACAAGCAGGGGCUCUCAAGGUCCUUUGUAUCUAAAUCCAAAAGCAGCCAGACUGCACAGAGGGCCAGGGCCAGAUACCCUAGAAGCUCCCAGAGGAAGGGCAAAGCAAGAUUCCAAUUAAAGAACAACUUUGGUACGGGUCCAUGGCAAUACCUGAAGAGGAUCCCGGCACAUCUCUCCAGGGCCUCAGCCAGCUUCCCAGAGAAGGUUCCAGGAACUAACUCUGAGAAGGAUCUAGAAAGAUACUUGAUGAGGACCUUGAAGAGUGGCUCAGGAAAAUACUUGGCCAGGCGUCCAAAUAAGAAACAUCUAGAAGAAACCUUGAAAGUUCACUUGCGCACGAAAUGGGGACAGAUCAGUGAGGGUUUGAUCCCCGUGAGUGUACGUCAAUCCUGGCUUGUGGCCAACCAUGUUUUGCCCAAGUACCACACUCACACGGAAAUCAGAAAAUUAGCACCCUUGAAGGGUCGGAAACCGUGUGUAAACACCUCCCAUGAGCUGGCCUUCCUUAAUUCACUCACCCGACAGAUGCUGGAAACACACAUCAUAAGGUUUCGGGUGAAGCAGAGGUGGGCCCUCACCCUCCAAGCCUUUGAGACCUUAAAUCUCAAGCCGCAUGAAGCUCAACCCUUGCCCCUUCCCCAGUCCCCCUCUCCCUGCUCGGCCACCUGUGGAUCUGGGGCCCACUCGAAGGCCAAGUUCUACACAUUCCUGGGGAAACCCCCUGAGCCCUACCCAGGAGAAAAGGGGAUAACAGGAGAAUCUGUUCCCACCUCCAGGAGUUCCCUGCCUGCCCCCGCACCCCCAUCUGAGGGAGUUCAGAAGGCCCCGGAAGGGACCUCCCCAGAUGACAGCCAUGAGCCCUCAGAGGCCCCUUCAUCUGGACAGGAGGGUAGAUCACCUUCUCUGACCUUCACACUCAGCCUCAUAAACGGAACCCCGCAGAGUGAGACUGUUAUGGGGGCCAGGAAAGGCAAUCUGGAGCCAAGUCUAAGGUCAGGAAUAGCCAGGAAUGAGCUAACGGGGAAGAAUGGGGCUCAGGCUUCACAAGACAAGGUAGCAAGGCUGGAGGUGAAGUUCAGGUCCCAAGCUUCAAGAGCUGAAGGGGCUGGGGAGGCAACAGAGGCUGAGAAGGCCCCUGCUUGGAAAGUGAUCUUAAGACCCAGUAUGCUGCCUGACAGCCAAGCCAUUUAUGUGGAUCUGAGGAGAUCAGGGUCUCCAGGGACGAGGAAAAGCCCCUCCCCACCUACAGAGUUGGGUGUCCAAGAGCCAAAGGAGCCAAGCCUCAAAACAAAGAUCACUAGGAAGCUUGAGCUCCAAGAGAAGGCAGAGUCAGAGGAACCGUCUCAAGGCUGUGCCUCCGGCAUACCGCUUCAAGACUCUCCCUGUGACCUCAUCCAGCAAGACUUUGCCACCAGCAUUCUUGUCCAAGACCAUGAUACCAGUGUGCCCCUGCAAGACUCUCACACUGAUGUUCUCCUUGCUGAAGACAUCUUGAAGUCACCCUUCGGUGCCCAGAGCCAAUGUGCCAGUAGGGACACACCACCUUCCCCGGUGCCAGGAGGUGAGCCGAUAGCCAACAGACCAAGCAGUCGGGGGCAGCAGGAGCCCAACACACCCCCAGCUGACGAGCUGGGGAAGAGCCAGGGUAAGCCGACUGCCUCCACCCAUGAGAGAGAAGACCCGAAGAGUCCCAAACUAGAGGAGAAUGAAAAAGGGUUUGCAGAACGGAGGGCUUCCCAAGCCAGUAGGCUGAGCCACCCUCCCCAGCUUAGAAGAACAGGAGACAGCCUUGGGAACAAAUACCUCCACCUCAUGCCAGAAGAGGGACAUAUUUUUCCAGAAAGCCACUUUAGAAAAAGGAUGAGGCACUUUCUGCAUUGUCUUACUGACAAUAAAAAAGGCAAAGGACUGGAAGAUCCCCUUCAGACAGGCAAGCCUGCAUCAGCCGCUGUCCAGGGCCGGGGAGCGGUCAGAGGCAGCUUGGUUAUGGAUGGCAGAGCUGCUGAAGCUCAGACAGUCAUGACAGCCGUGGGGCACAUCCUGGUGGAGAAACUGGGACCUCCCCAAGAACUUCGUGCCUCAGAGACAAAUCAGCCCAAAGAAUUCCAGGGCCCAGGGGGUGGGCGUUGCUGCUGUCACGGGGUUCUGGCCUACCCGGACCUGAGAGGGGUGAUGAGAGAGACAGCCUCCAAUCACCAGGCCACCCCCAAGGCCCACGGCUGUCCUAACGAGAGCCAGCAAACCAGAGACGGGGGCGGCAGGUGGGUCUUCCCACCCAGGGAGCCGGGGUCCCCAGGCAGACCCCGCCUCUGUAAGCCGAUGGCGGCAGGAGCCUCAGGUCAUGUCCGCCACCACCCAGCAUGCAGUCUUCAGAAAUGUGUGUCAUGCCAUCAAGCUGUGGGUGCUUCUCAUGUCUUUCCUGGUAGAAGAGCUUUCCUUCAAGAAAAAAUGGAGCAUACGCAGAGAAAGCCUGUUUCUUCUGCUUAGCACACCCUCUAUGUGCUAAUGGCUUCUUGGUACCACAAUUUUUAUUUUUCCAAAAUAUAUGGUUUUUUAAACUUUUUUCUCAUGAGAUAAGCUGACCUCUGUUUGUGCCCAUAGUGGGGGUGGAGGAUUAGGGCAUGCUCUCCCCUGGGUGCCUGCUUUGGCUCCCAGAAGGGAUGGGGCCCUGAAAGGAGGGCGACCACGUGGUGUGCUCCAGACCACCCCCCUCACACACCUGCAGUUUCCAUAAGAGGAACACACCCUGGAAGCUCCAACCCCGGGAUCUGGCUCCACCCAUCCCGGCCUGCUCUCUCUACCUUGAACUUGGGCGGCUGUAGGGGAGGGUCUGCAGGGGCAGAAACCCGUGGGCUCUAGGGCGCCUGGAAGAGAGCUUCACCGUCAGAGCAGGGAGCAGUCUGAAGGCCAGGCUGGCCCUGAAGGCAGCGGUGGGAGAAAUCCUGCCCCCCCCCACCCCAUCGCCUGCCCCAGGACCCCUGACGGAGCUGGGAUGCAGAUCAUCCGGGAGCCCCCCUUAGCUCAGCAUCACACCUCUGCUCUCUCACACUCGACCAGCGUGGGACCAGGACACGCUGCCAACUCUCCCGAUUUUCAUUAGCUUGAGCUCUGACCCACGGUUUGAAGAAUCACGCACUGGAAGCGAGCAAAACUCUGCCAGCACCUAAUGAGGGAAGAUGUAUAUGUUUUGCCUGAUCCAUGACUGCAGAGCUGGACGUCUAAUGUUUCCCUUGCCGGCCAGGAAUGGUGUGAAGACUGGGUGGUCGAGAGUGCUCUGCAGAGACACUGCAAGAAGGGCUUUCCCUCCUACCUGUGUGCUCCUUCACCAGCCCAACUCCCAAAGUGCCUGUCGCAGUGCCCCCACCUCCAUACGUCUGCCCACAGGCUGCAGCUCCGAGCCCCGGAAUGAUUGCUGCUUCCUCAGGGGUUAUGGGUCGCCCAGUGGUGAUCAGCAAACUUCUCUGGAGCCCCGCCUUAUCCAACAAAGCCCAGAUUCCCCUUCCAAGUCUGUCCUCCCUUGGGUCCUCUCGCUGAAGCCCUAAGCUGGUCUCCUGAAUGGGAUCCGACUUGAUAGCAAGAGCAGUUCCAGAAGACGGGCUCAUAGGACAGAAUCUGGAAGUUCGUUUUCUCAUGCCUUUGGGCUCAGCGUGGGCUGGUCUCCUGCUUCAUGGAAUGGCUGAUGUCUUACAACAACAAACAUUUGGGACAUCAAAGAAACAGCUCAAAACAUUAACAGUUGUGUUUUUAAUAACUUGAAGCAUUUCAGAAUCUUGCCCCAGAAAGACCAUGAGAUACAGCUUAUGAAGGAAGACAUCAGGAUCAUCCUAACCCCGAAAUUCCAUCUAAGCGUUGGCUCCUAUCCUCCUGACAGACAGCUGUAUGAGAAGGAAAAAGGGAGCGGCCAUGUGCUGAGCACGUCCGAAGCCCCAGUGUCUCCUCCAGAGUCACCUCAGCCUCUACCCCGUGUGGCAGCUGCUCGGGGCAUUUGAUAGAGGUUCCCACAGAUCAAGAAAAUGGCCCGGGGCGUCUGUCAUGUGGAUGCUGGGAGAGUAAUGAGCUCUGUGUCAAUGCACGUGUCCUCCUCCACUCAGGCUUAGCCCUCAAAUGAAAUAUGAACUGUGGAAGUGCUAUCGGGGAAGGGAGAGGGCAGGCCGGGCCCAGGAAUGCAACACUCUUGGCGUUACAAAAAGUGGUGAAUUGUAAGACAAGCAAUAUCCUGAAGUGGAUGUCACUUCCGGGAGACUCAGAAGGAAGUGAGUGAGCGCCCAGACUGACCUGUGCGAGGGUCUUUCCAGGAAACCUCCUCCCGUGAGGCUCACAACUCACUUCUGACGGGCACCGAGAUUCUCCUAUGCCUGGCUGACACAUGCUUGCCUGUCCCCACCACUUCCAUUAUUUGGCGGAUCCUCUGAAACAGGAAGGCUCCAGGCACUUGCGGUCACUUUACCAUUCCACACACAGAGGUCUGAGCUAGGAAUUCAUCCAAGAGAUUAGAGAAAUACGCAAAAGGCAUCAGUCAGUCCCCAAGCAUGUAUUGAUUAUCUGCCACGGCCCAGGCGGUUAUCUGGGUCCUGGCGUCAGAUAAUGAGUCACCUGCCAGCCCAGACCGUGGACUCUGGCGCCAGCACAACAGAGAUGUACCGGUCAAUCAGUAAUCACUGAGCGCGGGUGGGAAGUGCUGUGCAGAAAACCGGAGAUCCAAUGACCAACAAAUGACGCUCCCUUAAGACUCUCAGUCUGCGAAGAGAGGAGGCCAGGCUGGAAUGAGAGGUACCAUUCAACACCCAAGGCAUUGCAAGAAGGUAACUGGCUGAAAGCCAGGAAGACAGUCCUCACCAGGAAACGAAUCUGCCAGCACCUUGAUCUUAAACUUCCCAGGCUCCAGAAGUUUUAGAAAUAAAUGCUUGUUCUUAAAGCCA